AUGUUUAAACCUAUUAGUAAUUCUAGCGGUAAUCGAACUUCAAUUUGUAGUCAAGUAGAAACGGGAAAAAUUAUAGCUAACAAAUUAUAUUGUUGUGCCAAAGAUAAUAAGAAUUGUUCUCUUACAUCUGACUGCUUUGGCAACAAUUUUGAAGUUGCUCAAUGCCAUACUCUCAAUAACUUUGAUGCUUGUAAACGAACCGAUUUGGCUGCAAUCCAAGUCUGUGGUGGUUUGCAGAAUAGUUUGUUAUGUUUGUCUGUAGAUACUUCAAGCAAAAAUUAUACAGAGUAUUACCGCUUUCCCAAAGCUGCUGAAUGGAUAGUGAAUCGCAGUUCUGAAGCUGAAACCAAUAACAUAACGGUUUGUGAUGAUGGAACUAGUUACCGUCCAUGUAAUACUAGCAAUCCUAAUGGAACUAUUGCUAAUCUCACUUGUGGAGAUUUAUUUCAAAGUGAGCAUCGAUGUAAUUGGCGCAAUAUUACUAAUGGCGAAGUAAUUGCAGACCUUCCCCGAAAACCCAUAGUGGAAUUAUGCGGAGUAGGACUAACCACCACAGUAAUAUCAACCACUACCACUACCACAACUGCAGUUUCUCACGAUAACGAUAACGAUAAACCUGUAAUCAUCGGCUUAGCUAUUGGUAUAGGAGUUCUGGGAAUAAUAGCUGCUUUAGCUUUCUUUAAUAUUUACAAAUUGCGAAGGAGAAUUCGUCAUAUUAACGUUGAAGUUUCUUCGAAUUCAGCUUCCAUCAAUGGUGAUACUACGUAG